AUAUGAUUCGACAGCACAGAGAAGCACGAAGAACCUCAUCUCUGACUCUCUCUCUCUUAAUCUCUCUCUAGUCUCCCUUGCUUUCAUAUUUGAUUUUGAACACAACAAUUUCAGAUCGAGUAAGCAAUGGCUGAAGAAACCACUGAUCUUUUAAUAAAUGAGAGCGAACUGGUUGAGGAAACUAGUGAUGCUCUAGCAGAUGAGAGUGAAAUGAGUGAAGAAUUCUAUGAUUUUCUAUCAGAUAGACCUGUUGCAGAAUACUGGGAUGGGAGACCUACAUACCUACAGGAAUGGUAUAGCAUGGUAGCAAACUUCAGCACCGGUCACUCUCGAGCUUGGGAUGUUGGUACUGGCAACGGAAUUGCUGCACAUGGUAUUGCAGAAUUCUACGAUGAAGUAAUCGCCACAGACAUAAGUGAGGUGGAACUAGAAAAAGCACGACCACACCCGAAAGUGACUUACAUGCACACUCCACCCUCCAUGUCUGACGAAGAACUAAUAUCUAAGCUCGGUGGUGAAGCUUCACUUGAUAUGAUUACGGUUGCUCAAGCAAUUCAAUAUUUUGAUCUUCCACGAUUCUACUCAAUGGUGAAUCGUGUUUUAAAGCCAGACGGUGUAAUCAUUGUCUGGGGUUACAUUAAUGAAAAAAGCGAAUUUUUCUUUAAUGGGGAAAGCGGCCCUAAAUUUCUUCCUCAAGACUUGUUAUGGGAAAGACUCCUUGAAAGUGCACUUCCAUAUCGUGGUCCCAAUGUCCGUGACAUCUCCGAUGAGUAUAAAACACUUCCUUUUCCCUUUGAGGAUGUAGGUAUAGGAGGCGAGGGGGAUCCAUUUAACCUCAUCAUACCAACAAGGUUGACUUUCGAAGGAUUUUUAGAGAUGGCGAGGGCAUGGCCGGAUGUUGCUGCAGCCAAGGAUCAAGGAGUAGAUGUAUUAUCCGAAGAGCUUAUUGAAGAAUUUCGGGCUGAUUGGGGAGAUAGGCCUGUAGACUUGAUUCCACGACCAUUUCUCUUCAAGGGAUUCAUGCUUGCGGGAUCACUUAAAAAGGAAAGUAUGGAUGUGAAUGGGAGUUGACAAGGAGGUCGCUUUUAUGUGAAUCCUGUUUGAGUGGCAUAUAAUCUCAUUGUAUUAUAAGCUUGUGAAGAAAAACUUGCUUGAACGUGUGCAAAAUUAUAGUUAUCUUCCCAUUUCCGAGUUUCAUAAUGUAAUUUGUAUUUGUUGAAGAGAGUGAUGAUUCACUUGAUUACUUGUUGUGUUUGUUUAUUUAAUAGAAAAGUUAUCAACUAGUGGAAAA